CGUUUCUCCUAUUAAAAAAUAUGAGACGGUGUACACGCAGUGCAGGCUCUAUCGAUAGAAUUUGUACGUCACACGUAUGGAAAUUUGAGCCACUUGUGUGAUAGGUAAAAAACUGAAUUUCAAUUACCUAAUUUCCUGGCUAAUUUGUAGACCUGAGCUCUCUCGGCGAUCGUCUUUAAUACUACUGAAGGAAUCAGGUGGCUCGAAAUAGUUGAAACUUUAUGAAUAUAGGUAGGCAAAGCAUAGGACACGCUCUUCUCAUCCCCCUUCCUUACCAGGGCCACAUUAAUCCCAUGAUGCAGCUCGCCUGGAAGCUCGUCUCCAAUGGUUUCCUCGUUACCUUCCUCAACACCGAUUUCAAUCACAACCGCAUUAUGCAAGCCAAGACUAGAAACCCUAUCCAUAAUAACUGGGACGGUGGCAUCCGAAUGAUAUCCAUUCCUGAUGGAUUGCCACCCGAUGACGAGCGCACCAACAUUCCAAAUCUACUGGAAGCAUUAGAUAACAGCAUGGCACCAUCCGUGAUUAUGAGGCUUAUUGAGGAGAUCAACGAGAGGGAAGAAGAGCACAAGGUCAGUGGUAUAAUAGUGGAUGCAAUGACAUGUUUUGGGUUGAAGGAGGUAGCCGAUUUGUAUCAGAUUCCUAUCUUUGCUUUCCACGCAUCGCUUGUCGCCAACUGUGCCCUCCGCUACUUCAUUCCGAGGCUCAUCUCUCUUGGGAUCCUUGGUCCGAAUGGAGCUCCCAAAGAAGAUCAGAAGAAAAUAAGGUAUAUUUCCUCCAUGCCGCCUCUGCGUUCUGGAGAUCUUCCAUGGUUGUUCGGUGGAGAGAAGAUGUUUAAGAGAUGCAUCCGGAUGGGGGAAGGUUUAAAGCAGAUCAAGAUGGUCCUCACUAAUUCUUUUUUCGAGCUUGACGGUCCAGUGGUGGAAGAGUUAUCCAGAGAUUUGGAAGUCUACCCAAUCGGUCCUCUGAUUCCUGGUGAAUUUCUGGAGGGCGCUAAGAGGAGUACAAGUAAGGCCCUCCCAAGCUUCUGGGCAAAUGAUGUGGAUUGUCUAGAGUGGUUAGACAAACAGUCUACCCAAUCUGUAAUCUACGUAUCCUUUGGUAGCCUCGCAGUGUGGAGCCAAAGCCAGGUGGAGGAGUUCGCCGCGGGGUUAGAGGCUACCCAGAGACCAUUUCUGUGGGUUGUGCGGUCAGAUCUAAUUGAGGGCAGCAAGACUAUUUUUCCCCCGGGCUUUUUAGAACGCGUGAGGAACAGGAGCUGCAUAGUUUUCUGGGCGCCACAGUUAGAGGUGUUAUCUCAUCCUUGUAUAGCUUGCUUUGUGACUCACUGUGGAUGGAACUCUGUACAAGAGAGCAUCACCAUGGGAGUUCCAAUGCUCUGCUCACCUUAUUUUGUAGAUCAGUUUCUUAACCGCACAUAUAUUGUGGAUGUCUGGAAAAUUGGGCUGCCUUUGGAAUCGAAUAAGGAUGGAAUAAUAGAGAAGGCGGAGAUUGCUAAAGCCGUUGACAGAUUGCUUGUGGGAGAAGAUGGCGCAGAGAUAAGGAAGCAAGUCACCAAACUAAUGAGAACCAGUAGAGACACGGUGAAGGAAGGAGGAUCCUCUUUCAAUAACUACCGUUUAUUUCUUCAGCAGAUGAAGAAAAAACUUGUUGACUGACAGAUAUUUGGCUCUAACUUCUUUAGUUUCUCAGAUUAUUUGUGGUGCGGAGGGGAUAUGUGGUCAUUCAGUUUCAUUUAGUUUGAUUAGAUUCCGUAAUGUUGAUAUUUGUGUAUUUAUCUUCCUUUUCAUUUAGUUUUGGCCCUUUUAAGGGAAAGGAACAAUCUUGUGUAAAAGUAUUUUCAGAAUGAUUUAAUAUGUAUUUAUAAAUGGUACAAUGUUGUUAGUUCA